AUGAGCAUCCCCACGCCAGGCCUGUGCCCGUCGCCGGCACCGCUGGACUUCUUCUCGCCGGUAGCCGACGACACGGGAGACGCUUUGCUGCUGCUGCUACUCGACAAGGAGGACGUCUUCUGUAUCGUAGUCGCGCAGGCGCUCCGCGACACGCUGAGCUGGAAGUUCUCGGCUAAUGAUCUCGAUGCUCUCAGCAGUCGCAGCGGUGAACCGCCUCGAGAGCUUGACCAGAUCCUUUGCCCUCUAAUUGCAACCUGCAAGCGCUUUCGCACUUGCACUUGCAUCCCACACCCACUCACUUUACGCGAGGCAUACGGCAUUGCGGCCGAGGAGGAUCAGUUCGGCUUGACAUGGCCACUGCCGGACACGCCGCUGGAGCGAGUGAGCUGGCAGUACUACACGCAGUACUACGAGGUGCCCAUUGCGCCGCAGCUGCGCAAGGCCAUCGAGCAGCUCGCGACGCGCAUGCAGGACAAGGAGAUGGCUGCCAGGGAGCAGUACGGCAAGGCGUACGACCACCUCUGGCGCAUCGGGUGCGAGGCCAUCGCAAUCGAGGACAGCGUGUCGGAGGACCGCACCGCAUGGCGGGACGGGCGCGCCAUCAUGCUGAACGCGUCCACCACCUCACGCAACUACCUCGUCGACCGCGUCGCCGAUUCGUCCUACAUCAAGCGAUACGUCAUCGAUUCGGGCCGCUGGCUAGGGCUGCCGUUCGCGCCCCUGUGGGACCAACCGGGCUGUGACCGGGUGUUCUGGUGUAACCGUGUCGAGAACGCUCGGUAA